AUGAGUGAAGAAGUAAAAGACGACAAUCCAUAUAGUCGUCUAAUGGCUCUUAAAAGAAUGGGUAUUGUUCAAAAUUAUGAAAAAAUAAGAGACUGUUCAGUUUUAAUUGUAGGUGUAGGAGGAGUAGGUUCUGUUGUAGCUGAAAUGUUAACGCGUAGUGGAAUAGGAAAACUUGUGAUUUAUGAUUACGAUAAAGUUGAACUUGCAAAUAUGAAUAGACUAUUCUAUACUCCUCAUUAAGUCGGCCUUUCUAAAGUACAAGCUGCAAAAGAAACUCUUUUAAGUAUUAAUCCUGAAAUCGAAAUAGAUGCAUUUAAUAUGAAUAUUACAUCUUCGUCUGGUUUUGAUCAUUUAUUUGAUAGAAUUUAAAAAGGUGGUAAAAAUGAAAGUAGAAUAAAUUUAGUAUUGUCUUGUGUUGAUAAUUAUUCCGCUAGGAUGACAAUAAAUACGGCAUGUAAUGAAUUAGAUUAAAUUUGGUUUGAAAGUGGAGUUUCUGAAGAUGCUAUGAGUGCUCAUAUUUAAGCUAUGAUUCCUGGAGAAACAGCUUGUUUUGCAUGUGCAAGCCCUAUAGCCGUUAUUGAAUAAGAUGAGUAAAAUAUAAAAAGAGAAGGUGUCUGUGCUGCAAGUUUACCUACUACUAUGGGUAUUACGGCUGGUUUUUUGGCACAAAAUACUUUGAAGUUUUUAUUAGAUUUCGGAGAUUUAACCUUUUUGUUAGGGUAUAAUGCUAAAAGCGAUUUUUUUUAAAAUUAUGUUAUAAAACCGAAUGAAGAUUGCAAAGAAGCGGCUUGUUAGAAAAGAUAAAAAGAAAAAAAAGGAAGUAAAGGGUUUUUGGGUUUAAUUGAAGAAAAAAAAUAAAAAAUAAAAGAUGAGUAAUCUAAAUAGUUUUAAAAUUUGGAAAACAAGUGGGGAAUUGAGAAUGUUGAAGAAGGAAAUUAGGUUAUUUCCUCAUAAUUUUAGGAAGUUUAAGAAGAAGAAUAAAGUAAAUUAGAAGAUACUAAUUUAGAAGAUCUUAUGGCAAAAUUAAAAUAAUUGUGA